CGGAGCCCACUCCCCCAAGUUUUAAAACGGAAACGUGCUUCUACCCCUAUUCACUUCUCCCUCUCCCUUCUUCUCACUCAAGAUCUCUAGAUCUCAAGAAUCAAGAUCUCUCUCUCGCUUGGAGGGAGAAGAAAUGGCGGCGAGGAAGACGGGUGUUCCCGCGCAAGUCGUCGUUCUGGCGCUGCUUCUGUUGUGCUCUGCUGUGCAGGUGCGAUCGGCGGCGUCGGAUCAUAGAUACAAGCAGGGCGACGCCGUUCCUCUCUACGCAAACAAGGUCGGGCCGUUUCACAAUCCCAGUGAGACGUAUCGUUACUUCGAUCUGCCUUACUGUUCGUCAGGUCACGUAACCGAGAAGAAGGAAGCCCUUGGAGAGGUUCUGAACGGUGAUCGUUUGGUCGAUGCACCAUACAAGCUGGAUUUUCGAGCGGAUAAGGCAUCAGAAUCUGUUUGCAAGAAGAAAUUUUCGAAAGAAGAUGUCAUCAAGUUCAGACAAGCUGUAAUGAAGGACUACUACUUCCAGAUGUACUAUGACGAUCUGCCGGUUUGGGGUUUCAUCGGGAAGGUUGAAAAGGACGUCAAAAACGAUCCAAGCGAUGUCAGAUACUUGCUCUUCAGGGAAGUUCAUUUCGAGAUCCUGUACAACAAGGAUCGAGUCAUUGAGAUUACUGCUCAAGCAAUGCCAGAGACGGCAGUUGACAUAACAGAGGACAAGGAGGUCGAGGUGGAGUUCACGUACUCCGCGACCUGGAAGGAGACUAAUACACCUUUUGACGCGAGGAUGGAGAGAUAUUCGAGGUCUUCAUCGUUGCCUCAUCACUUGGAGAUCCACUGGUUCUCAAUCAUAAAUUCCUGCGUUACUGUUCUUCUCCUCACGGGGUUCCUUGCUACCAUUCUAAUGCGGGUGCUGAAGAAUGAUUUCGUCAAAUACUCUCAUGACGAGGAGUCGGUGGAAGAUCAAGAGGAGACUGGUUGGAAGUAUAUCCAUGGCGAUGUUUUUAGGUACCCAAAAUACAAGUCCUUGUUUGCUGCUGUCCUUGGGUCUGGGACGCAGCUAUUGAUUCUGACAAUCUUCGUUUUCAUCCUUGCACUUGUUGGGGUCUUCUAUCCAUACAACAGAGGGGCUCUUUUCACAGCGCUGGUUCUCAUAUAUGCUUUUACGUCUGGUAUUGCUGGAUAUGUAGCAACUUCUUUCUACUGCCAACUUGAGGGAACGAACUGGGUAAGGAAUUUGUUAUUGACCGGAUGUCUUUUUUGCGGGCCUCUGUUCCUGACAUUCUGUUUCCUGAACACUGUUGCUAUAGCAUAUAGCGCUACUGCAGCAUUGCCGUUUGGCACCAUCCUGGUUAUUCUUCUGAUAUGGACACUGGUCACGUCACCAUUGCUUGUUUUGGGCGGUAUAGCUGGUAAGAACAGCAAGGCAGAGUUUCAGGCUCCCGUUCGAACUACAAAGUAUCCCAGAGAAAUUCCACCAUUGGCCUGGUAUAGAGGGACUCUCCCCCAGAUGGUGAUGGCAGGAUUCUUGCCUUUCAGUGCCAUCUAUAUUGAACUGUACUACAUUUUUGCAAGUGUAUGGGGACACAGAAUCUACACCAUCUACAGUAUUCUCUUCAUUGUCUUCAUCAUUCUCAUAAUUGUCACUGCAUUCAUUACUGUGGCACUGACAUACUUUCAACUUGCUGCCGAAGAUCAUGAAUGGUGGUGGAGGUCUGUUCUGUGUGGAGGAUCCACGGGUAUAUUUGUCUAUGGCUAUUGCUUAUAUUACUAUCAUGCAAGGUCCGAUAUGUCUGGGUUCAUGCAAACAUCUUUCUUCUUUGGGUACAUGGCUUGCAUCUGCUAUGGAUUCUUCCUCAUGCUUGGUACUGUUGGCUUCCGUGCAUCAUUACUGUUUGUUCGCCAUAUAUACCGAUCUAUUAAGUGCGAGUAGUUGGAAUGCUUUAAACCAAUUGGGCUCAGUGUUUUGCUUCUCGUUCCUCUCAAGUGUUGGCAAAGGGGAGCGGUCCCAACAUCUUUUGUUAGAGUAGGAGAUGGAAGAAAAUAACGCCCUACUCAAAGAAAAAGAAGGGCUUCAGUUCAGGUCAUGUAUUCCAGGAAAUAGAGUACUUUCAAUUGCCUGUCGUUGUUCUUGGGAUGGUCAGGAAUAUCUGUUUAUGCUCAAGUGCGUGAGAUCUCUAUCAAUACCUUACGUAUGAUCAUUCCUGCCACUUGUAUUUUCUGGAGAUCAAUCUUCCUUACUGUAUUGUUACAUUAUUUGGACUUCCUUUAGAGUUUCACAAUGUAAAAUAUAAAAGAAACACAGGCCGCGAGCUUCAACAAUGUUUCCAUUCUCAUUCCA